GAAAGGAUGUUAUAUAUGAUUAUUGAUUGAUCCCAGAAGGCAUCUGAAAGGGUAAACGUGGAAAGCUAUAUUUACUGUUUUGCCCCUUCUUUCCUCGUUCCUAUAACACUCCCUUCUCCCUCUCCUUCGCCUCCCUUUAACUCCACGGUGCAGAUCCGAGGAGUUACCCCUUUGCUCUUUUUUCUCUUUCCUUAUUCCAAUAUCAACCCUUCAAGCUUCCACCAGUUAUGGCAGGUUUGGCUCCAGAAGGAACACAAUUUGAUGGUCGCCAAUAUGAUGCUAAGAUGACUGAAUUGCUGUCCACUGAUGGGCAAGAAUUCUUUACCUCUUAUGAUGAAGUCUACGACAGCUUUGAUGCAAUGGGAUUACAAGAAAAUCUUCUGCGAGGCAUAUAUGCUUAUGGUUUUGAGAGGCCUUCUGCAAUCCAGCAAAGAGGAAUUGUUCCUUUCUGCAAGGGUCUGGAUGUGAUUCAACAGGCUCAAUCUGGAACAGGAAAGACAGCAACAUUCUGUUCUGGAAUUUUGCAGCAGCUUGAUUAUGGAUUGGUUCAGUGCCAGGCUUUGGUUUUGGCACCAACAAGGGAGCUAGCACAGCAGAUUGAGAAAGUUAUGCGAGCUCUUGGUGAUUACCUUGGUGUUAAGGUUCAUGCAUGUGUUGGUGGAACUAGUGUCCGUGAGGAUCAGCGCAUUCUCCAAGCUGGUGUCCACACUGUUGUUGGCACUCCUGGCCGUGUGUUUGACAUGCUGCGGAGGCAGUCUCUCCGCCCAGAUUACAUAAAGAUGUUUGUUUUGGAUGAGGCUGAUGAAAUGCUUUCACGAGGUUUCAAGGAUCAGAUCUAUGACAUCUUCCAGCUGCUGCCAUCCAAAAUUCAGGUUGGGGUUUUCUCUGCUACAAUGCCACCAGAAGCCCUUGAGAUUACAAGGAAGUUCAUGAAUAAGCCAGUGAGAAUCUUGGUAAAGCGCGAUGAACUGACCCUGGAGGGUAUCAAACAGUUUUAUGUCAAUGUUGACAAGGAAGAGUGGAAGCUAGAGACACUAUGCGACCUUUAUGAGACUCUGGCUAUCACCCAGAGUGUCAUUUUUGUGAAUACCAGGCGCAAGGUCGACUGGCUCACUGAUAAGAUGCGAAGCAAUGACCACACAGUCUCUGCCACCCAUGGUGACAUGGACCAAAACACACGUGACAUCAUCAUGCGUGAAUUCCGGUCCGGCUCGUCUCGAGUUCUCAUUACCACCGACCUUCUGGCCCGUGGCAUUGAUGUGCAACAAGUGUCCCUGGUCAUAAACUAUGAUCUGCCAACCCAGCCUGAAAACUAUCUCCACCGCAUAGGCCGUAGUGGCCGGUUUGGAAGAAAAGGAGUUGCUAUAAACUUUGUCACAGCUGAUGAUUCCAGAAUGCUGUCUGAUAUUCAGAAGUUCUACAAUGUGACUGUAGAGGAGCUGCCAUCAAAUGUUGCUGAUUUGCUCUGAUGAGUUAAUUUUUGUUCUCUGUUAAGUCAUCAGGCCCUUUUCUAUUGUUAUCUUGUGCUCAUUCUCUCUCUCUUUAUAUAUUUUAUCCACAUUAGAGAUCAAAGACAUAUGAUCUGAUGCUAUUUGUAUUGGAUUCUAUAAAUUUUGUUUAAUCAAUCAAUUAAUUAGCAGGUUGUUGUUUGAAGCCUGCAUUUACUUUA